GAUCAGUAACCCCAACAUUCCAAUCACUUCGAACUGGUUUUAAUCUUUCAUCAUUCACCACUUGGUUAUGUACAGAAUUAUCAACUUGAGGUCUGAAUUGAUUCCAUCCCAUUAUUGUUUUGGCAGGCAAUUGCAUUUUUGGUAAACUCCCUCUGUAUGAAUAGAUAGGGGCGUCAGAAAGAGAAGGAUUGAAUUUGGGAAGUCGUGAAAGGUUGCCAAAAUGACGGACAAAACGGCAAAGUACAAGACGGAGAUCCAGCAGAUGAUGUAUGUUUCUGGAGAAACGGCAGAAGCAUCAUCUGAGACUACUGGUAUGAUAGAGGAGAUAGUUCGGCAGCAAGUUAUUGAAAUGCUUCGCCAAUGUACUGAACAAGCAUCCCGCCGCGGUAGUCGUUCAAUAUCAACCGACGAUCUAAUCUUUUUGAUUCGACACGAUCAAGCUAAGGUCUCUCGUCUCCGAACCUUUCUUUCCUGGAAAGAUGUCCGUAAAAACGUCAAAGACUCGGAUGAGAAAGGCGGCGACGCGGACAUUGGAGCUGGUGACGAACCCGUAGGAGCCAAUGCCCCCAUCCCGGAUACCACGAAGAAGAACAAGAAAGCCAAAGUUGGUCUUCCGUGGGAAGUGCCCUCGUUAUACAGCCAAGAAGUACCAGAACGCGAAGACGAAGAAGAUGAAGAUGAGGAAGAAAUGAAUUAUGCUACCUUGCAACGUCUCAAGAAAGCCGAUGAACGCACCAAGGCUAUGACAAAGGAAGAAUAUGUUACCUGGUCUGAAUAUCGUCAAGCUUCGUUUACCUUCCGUAAAGGAAAGCGAUUCAAGGAAUGGGCCGGCUUUGGCGUCGUCACGGAUUCGAAACCCAACGAUGAUAUUGUCGAUAUUCUCGGUUUCCUAACUUUUGAAAUCGUGCAGACUUUGACAGAAGAAGCUUUAAAGAUCAAAGAACAAGAAGACUUAGGUAAGGAAAAGAGCGGCGGUGAACAAACAGGCAAGAAGAGAAAGGUACAAGGAUUGUUUGAUCCACCAAGUGAGGGAAGAACACCGGUGGAAACGAGACAUAUUCAAGAGGCUUUUAGAAGAUUACAGCAGAGACCAACAAAACAGAGAGCGAUGUGUAACUUUACUAGAGGCUUGAAUAGGACUCCUUUGAAAUUGUUCUAAAUGUAUUAUGAGGACUUUUACUUUGAGGAGCGAGGCGUAUGGAAACUCAGGAGAAUUAUGGAUAUUUGACAUGGAGGCGUUACGUACACAUCGGAUUGGCAUAGCAGAGGUCGUUAGUUCUGGGUACUGAGUGUUGGGGGUGCAUUGUUUUGUACACUGCAUAGGAUAUCGUCAAUGUGUCAGAAGGUAUCAUUAACAUAAUGUCAAGACAAUAUUAACUUAGAA